GUACAGUAUGCCCACACUCAACACGCGGACGUACUCCAUCGUGCACACAUAUCUGUUUAGAUAUUCACUAGCUACAAUGCACAUACGGAUUAAUUUUUUACACCAUUGCAGUCAGAAUGCAUCGAAAUCUGGAAUACAUGUAACACUUUUCCCUCUCGAUCUUUGAAUUCUAAUUCUGUCCAAGGACUGGUUUCUUCUUCGGUUAGAUAGCCUACGAGGAUACGAUCACUGCCAAAAAGAUUCCAGGAGCCAGCUGUCCUGCAGUGUGGCAGGUGAGGACCAGAGAGAGGUGAGGCGCGAUCCUGAAGAUAUGGACAGUAUGAGUUUGGUGGAGAUCAGACAGGCUGUUGGGUCCAUGACCCUGUCCCUAUCCAGCACAGACUCCAAGGAGAGGUACUUUGACCGGGUGGAUGAGAGCGACCCUGAGUACCUCCGCAGCAGGAACAUGUCACCUGAAAUACAGCAGGACUUCAACAUGAUGGAGCAGAAGAAGAGAGUCACUCAGAUUCUACAGAGUCCAGUGUUUAAGGAUGAACUGGAAGGACUGAUCCAGGAUCAGAUGACGAAGGGCAAUAAUCCAACAGGGCUGCUGGCUCUGAGGCAGAUAGCUGAUCUGAUCAUGGCCAGUUCUAUGGGAGGGCCAGGCUCCUUCACAUCUCCUCUCAACCUAGGGAUGGUCACCCCGGUCAAUGACCUCUAUGGGGUAGAGUCUGCAUCCUUUACUAAAGGGGAGAAACAGUGUCGCUGUAAGCUAGCCAGUGUCUACAGACUGGUGGACCUCUUCAGCUGGGCCCAUUUCACCAGCUCAUACAUUACUGUCCGGGUUAGCAAAGAACAAGACCAUGUUCUUAUCAUCCCACAGGGGCUCUCUUUCACUGAAGUGACGGCUGGCAGUCUGGUGAAAGUGAACAUGAUUGGUGAUGUUGUCGACCAGGGAUCCACCUACCUGGAGGUGGACCACUUUGGCUUCAGCCCUCACUCUGCUAUCUAUUCCAUGCGCCCUGACAUCAGGUGUAUCAUACACAUCCACACCUCUGCCACCGCUGCAGUGUCCUCAAUGAAAUGUGGCAUCUUGCCAAUUUCCCAAGAGGCUCUGGUUCUGGGCGAUGUUGCGUACUUCAGUUACCAAGGCUUUUUGGAUGAUCAAGACGAGAAGGUGGAGUUCCAGAAAGCCCUAGGGCCCACUGCCAAGGUGCUUGUUCUGAGGAACCAUGGCCUGGUUGCUCUGGGGGAAACCAUAGAGGAGGCUUUCCACUACAUUUACCACUCACAGCAGGCUUGUGAAGUCCAGGUCAGUGCUCUGCGGUGCUCUACAGGAGUGGAGGACCUGGUGCUCCUGGACAGGGAGAGGCUCAAGCCCCUGACCCACGGAGUGGCUGCUGCUGGGGUCACCGUGGACAGCGAGGUCAGGUGGAAAGUGGGCGAGGCAGAGUUCGAGUCACUCAUGAGGAUGCUGGACAACCUGGGUUACCGGACAGGCUACGCAUACCACCACCCCAUAGUGAGGGAGAAGAUUCGGACCAAAAACGACGUGGAGAUUCCUGCCACGGUCUACACUGUCCCAUUGGUGGACAGUGAUCUGGGUCAGAGAAACCCCUUUAACGUCCUGGUUCAGAAACAGAAGAGGGAGAGGACCCGCUGGCUCAACUCUCCCAACAGCUACCUGAAGGUCAAUGUGCCUGAAAGUUCACCCAGUGGAGAGUGCAGCCCCAGGACCAAGACCAUGUGGAUGAAAUCUGAAGAGACCAGCAAUGGCACUGGCACCCCCAUAAAGAUUGAUGACCCCAACCAGUUUGUUCCCCUUAACACAAACCCCACUGAUGUUCUGGAGAAGAGGAACCUGAUAAGGCAACAGAACACUGGUGAUCACAUGACUUCAGGACCAAAGUCCCAUCUUCUAGCUGGCAUCGUUGUGGACACCAUACCAGGACCUGCCUUUAUCAUUGAGGAUGAGGAGCAGACACGCUCUCUUCCUCCCAACCCCUUCAGUGAGCUGACAGAGAAAAUGCUAGAAGAGUAUAAGAGUGUUUUGGAGCAAAGGCAGCUGGUUCAGGAUGAUGCUGAUGAUGUCACAGAUGCAGAUGAGAUGACAACUUUUGACGAGUCCACCAUCUCACUGUCCCUGUCUCCACUCAUGUCUCCAGUCAAAGAGAUCAUACCCAAUGGGAAAGACUAUAUGGAAGAACUGGAGGAGAAACUGAACAUCAAGGUAUCCAAGAUCAGCGUCAGCACCACAGAAACGGUUGAAAUCUCCUUAACAGAGAAAUCAGGGGGAGAUAAGACCCCUGAGAGCCAAACCAAGUCCCCAAAGAAGAAGAAAAAGUUUCGCACUCCCUCCUUCCUAAAAAUGAAUAAGAAGAAGGAGAAGGCUGAGGCCUAGAUGGAGAGAACCUGAAGAAAGCCAGGUCAGCUUGUUUGGUAUGAGAUGAGAUCAUAGGAUGAGGUGUGUUCCUUAGAGAGGGAAUGAAUGAGUCACUAAGAUCUUAAUAGAUCUCCAGCUUUUGGCAGGGAGCAACUGUGACAAUAAGCCUGUUAUUACAAUCUUCUUAUUACUCAAUUACUUCCUCUGAGGACUCCACACAUGAAUAGUAGGCAUGGUGAUGAACGUGUAGUGUAUCAGCUUUAUUGUUCUCAGUAUGUACAAUAGCCAAUUCACCAUUGUGUAAUCAAAACACAUAAUAGUAUAUAGCUACAGAAACUAAUUCUUUAAAAUAAAAAAACUCACUGAAAUACCACAUUUAGCCUGCUAUGUAUUUGUGUUCAGGUCCUUUUUCCAGUCGGCUCAUCCUUGAAUGUACAGUAGCCCAUAGUUGAAGGUAAGACAUGUAAAUGUCAUGAGGCAGUGUCAAGUGAGUGUUGUAUCCUGGUCUCUGAAUGUAUUGAAUGUAUAAGAAGUGUGGUUGGUUUGUAUCUGGACCUAGACAUAAUAAUGCUGUUUUAGUAGAUUUUUAUGAGUAGGAUAAAGUAUGGGUUGUAGUUGUGUUUCUGAUUAUUCGGUUAACAUUUUGAUAUACACUACAGUACAUAUUUGUGUUCUUAAUAAUCCAUUUGUUAUACAAAAUACUUUUAACAAUGCAAGACAGAGAAGGCAGUUUUAGCCAGGCAGAAACUUUUCAACUUUUAUUUAUGCCAGUGAUAUUAUUUUAGUGGUUGCUGCUUAUUCGUUAUUGUGAUUAAAUGGACUGAUAGUAUGAUGAUUAAUACAAUCUAUGAGCUCAAUAUUGCUGAAUCCGUUUUAUCCGUUUUACCAGAAUCACCGAUAUGUACACAUGGAUAUCAUAUGACUGAAAGCGAAAUUACAAGUGUAAUGAUAUGAGAUAGCUAGGCCUAUAUAAGGCUAUGGAAAUGUUAUAUAUGUAUG